GUGAACGUGCAGGAACUUUCGAAUGUGCGGUCCAAGUCAAACUUGUGUCAAUAUCUAUCGACCGCGGCGCGUGGAUUCCGAUUACUCAUGUUAGUCUUCGGCCUACUUCCGGUCGUCCCUGGAACGGAAGGUCGUCCACUUUACGAAGACCAAUGACCGUGUCUCAAUACUCGGAGGUGCAUUGCGAAAUUGUGAACGUUCAGCAAGUAACAGUGAUUUCCGUUCUACAAUGAAGAGCUUGCUUUUAAUGUUCGUACUCGGCGCGAUCUUUUUGAGGAAGUCACUUGGCAAACCGACGGAAAUGAUAGCGAAUUCUGAUUUGCUAGAUCCCGUUGCCUCGGCUGUGAACGGCUCCGAAAUUGAGACCACGAGAGAACAAAGAUCGCCGCAAUUCGGUUUAAUAGGCGGUUACGGCGAUUAUUAUGACUAUAAUGACGACACACGAUAUUUCCGUUACGGCAACAGGCGAAAAUAUUACUAUAAACACCAUAGGCCACAUGGUCUGGUCGGAGGACAUGGAUGUCGUGGUUAUGGCUGUGGUGGAGGGUAUGCAUGGCAACCGGAGUACGGCGGCUAUCACCAUACCGGGCAAGGAGCGUCUUUUGCCUCAGCAUCAGCAGGAUCUAUAGGUGGAGGUGGUCCUUAUGGCGGAGGACAUGGCCAGGCCAACGCACAGAGCGCGAGCUUCAACAUCGGGCCUUUCUCAGCCUCGUUCAGCGCCGCUCAGUCCUCGUCAGGACAAAAUGGAUUCUGAAUUCUACAGACGAAAGCAAGUUUAGCAGCCUACCAAAAAUGAAGUCAAACCAAAUGCUCAAGGUAACCAGAAGGAAUUGGAUAAAACAGGCUUUUAAGCCUAAUACACGAGGA